AUGGACGCGCAGAAAGAAUGCGUGUUCGUCUCGGAGAAAUCCAAAAUAUUCCCCUCGACUCGACUAUUUUUCUCAUUUCUACUAUGCCUGUGUUUUGUGGCACUCGCUAUUGGAACCUCGAACAUUUCACAGUCCAUGGUUUGUAUGGUCAAAAAGCCGGAUACCAAUUUUUCGUGCCCGCUGGCGGAGCCAGAAGUGGAAGCGGUGCCGUGUAAUCAUCCGAAACAGUUUGCAUGGAGCUCCAUUCAACAGGGUCUCAUCUACUCGGGACAAAACUUCGGUUCCCUCUUCAUGUUCCUCACUGGGUGGCAAGCGGAUCGUUUGAAUGGAAAAUGGACGAUAGUGGCGGCCAUGGUGUUCAUUAUCAUAUCCAACGCUCUUCUACCAGUCUCCGCUGGCGUCUCAUUUGCGCUCGUCUUUUUUCUGAGAUUUCUCACUGGCGUUGGAGAUGCUCUUCUGUCCCCUGCAUCUUCUUCCAUGAUCACUAGAUGGUUUCCGCCAAAAGAACGACCCAGUGCACUUGGAAUCGUGACCGGUGGUCGUCAAAUUGGUCAGCACCCUGAUUAUCUUACCGGUUGGCGGAUGGUUGUGUGGAAACGAUGGCAGCAAAUUUCUUGGUGGUUGGCCAGCAAUUUUCUAUCUGUCUUCAGUGUAGCCGCCGCGGUGUUGGUCAUCUGGAUGGUUUUCUCAGCUGACAAACCAUCGAAACAUUUGUGUAUUUCUCAUAACGAGGAAGCCUAUAUCACUCGAAAAAUCGAAGAAGAGAAUAUUGGAAAACGAAAGCAAAGAAAGAGUACACCAUGGAGAGCAAUUUUGACUUCCAAGCAAGUCUGGGUAGCAGUAGCAGCUUUGGUUUGCCACGAAUUUCCACUAGUGAUCAUGCUUCAAUUCCUACCAAAAUUCUUCUCGGAUGUUCUUGGGCUCUCCAACACAGUUAACGGAUUAGUUUCUGCUCUUCCAAUGGGAAUCCUAUUUCUAUCCAAAUGCCUGUCAUCUAGUCUAGCAUCUUAUCUUACAGCAAAUGGAUAUCUGAGGAAAACCCAAUCUUGCAAAAUCUUCAACUUCAUUGCCUCCCUUGGACUUGGAAUCUGUAUUGCUAUUACUCCAUUAAUGGGAACUCUUCAACAAUCGGUGUGGGCAAUUUUGAUACUUUGUAUGGCAAAUGCUUUUGCAGGACUCCACACCCCUGGAGUUCAAACUGCUCUUGUUCAACUCGCCCCUGCAUUUUCCGGUAUUAUCACUGGAAUCGCUUUCACGGUCGCCGCGUGUUUCUCGAUUUUCAACAAACUUCUUAUCAGUCAGAUUCUAGUGACUGGUUCCAAACACGAAUGGACUAUUGUUUUCGAGAUUUCAGCGUUUGUCGCUAUUCUACCAACAAUUUUCUUUACAGUGUGGGGAUCGGCAGAAAGAACGGAAUGGGCUUCCAACCGUGUCUCGGUCCCAAAGGAUGCCGAUCAGAAAUCCAAUGACUCUGAAUCCUCAACCUCCUCGACGAUACAAGCUUUCGCCAAGUAUAGCAUGUUUCUAUCUCAUGAUCUCACGAAUUCUGCCUAG